UAAACUGAAUUAGAGUAAUUGGAGUGACAAAUAAAUUGUCUGGAUUAAUAGCAAUGGAUUACUUAUGUACCAAGAACAGUAUUAUAGACAUUGCAUGCUUACCUUCUGACAAGGAUUGGCCAGCGAUGAAGGAAAUUGACUCUCUUCUAUAGUGAAAUGCCAGGCUUUAAAUGCAGUCAUUUUAUCUGAAAUCUCAGCACAUUCUAAUUUUUGUUUGCUCUUUUUUUGAAAGGCACAUAAUUGCUGCUCUAUAUUCCAAUCUCAACCUGUUGCGAGAAGUGAAAAAAAAUGCAGAUGGUACAGAGCAAGUGAAAGUGGUGUGGUCAAAAUUUAAAAAUGGCAAGGCCACUGUGCGUGAUGUGAAAGUGGAGCCCAACUAUGAUUAUGUGGAGGAUAUCUACCAAACAUAUAUUGAAUCUCAGGAAAAAGGCCAGCUUGGGGUUGCCAUGCAGGAAUUGAGUGACAUGAAUCCCCCACCGAUGAAUACAAUGUUGGAAAGGCAAUCAAGGGAGGAGGCCAUUGUUAAGAGGGCAGAAAGGAAAGGAAAGACAGUCAAAGAUGUGCCCCCAACAACACCUGGUAAUUUCAAUAAAAUACAAAAAGUACCAUUCAACCCUAGUCAGGGUCAGUGUGUUAUGUUCUUUGACAUAUCACUUUCACUGUUCUUUUCUAGUCUGAUGAAGAAAUGCUUUAUACUGAAUGCCAUGGAAAUUGGGUUGAAUUUUAAAUGCCUUGUCUACCAGUGACAAAGAUGCUAUAAUCAAAUACCUUAAGAAUACACUUCCAAAAUUUUGGUUUUCCUGUUUGCCAAUAAGAAACCAAACUUUUAAGACUUCAAUGGCUCACUUUAUUAUCCCCUGAAUCCCAUUUAAAAGCAUGGCUUACACUCAAACAUCAUUU